AGAAGUUGAAAUGAUUUAUAAUUUUCAAAUUUUAAGAUACUUCAGUAAUAUUGGCAAGAAAACACCAAAAAUCUGCAUUGUAGGGGCUGGUGCAGCUGGAUUUUAUUGUGCCCAACAUUUUGUUAAAAGAAUAAAAGAUAUUCAAGUCAGCAUAUUUGAAAAGCUGCCCGUUCCAUUUGGUUUAGUAAGAUUUGGUGUUGCCCCCGACCAUCCUGAGGUUAAAAAUGUGAUUUCUAAGUUUUUUUUGACUGCUGAACAUCCAAAUGUAGAAUUUAAAGGUAACAUUUCCAUUGGCAAAGAUGUUAGUAUCAGUGAUUUAACUGAGGCAUACGAUUAUGUUUUGCUUGCUUAUGGAGCAAAUUUUAAUCGUAAACUCGACAUACCCGGCGAAAAUUUACCAAAUGUUAUUCCGGCGAGAAGAAUUGUUGGCUGGUACAAUGGUUUACCCGAAGAAGCAGGUUUAAAAAUCGAUUUUUCUAGUGAAAAAGUAGCAAUUAUUGGCCAAGGAAAUGUUGCUAUUGAUGUUGCAAGGAUAUUAUUAAAACCAGUUGAUGAUUUAAAGGAAACAGACAUUACUCAACAUGCACUUGAGAGCUUGAUGUCAUCUAAAAUAAAAGAAGUCCAUUUAAUUGGCAGAAGAGGUCCUCUGCAAGCAGCCUUUACAAUAAAGGAACUGAGAGAGAUGUUAAAACUAAAAGGCUGUGGAACGUACUGGAAUGAGAACGAUUUUGUGGGAGUGGAAUCGGUUUUACCCUCACUGGAACGACCCAGAAAACGUUUAACAGACCUAAUGUUACAAUCAAUUAAAGUUCAAAGGGAGCAGUAUUCAGAAAAGAAAUUCUUUCCGGUCUUCUACAAAUCACCGCUAGAAAUAAAUGUUUUAAAUAAUAGUAUAAGAAAAACUAUAACUUUGGGAAUUAAUAGGUUGGAAAAAACAGACAAAGGUGACACGACGAUUUCUUUAACUAAUACCAGAGAAAUGCUACAAUCAGAUUUGAUAGUAACAAGCAUUGGUUAUAAAGCAGUCACAAUUGAUAGUAGUUUACCAUUCGAUAACAAAAAGGGAACGGUGAUAAAUCAAAAUGGAAAAAUCGACAACAGAUUGUACGCUGCCGGUUGGGUCGCGACUGGUCCUACGGGCGUUAUCCUGUCGACGAUGACGAAUGCUUUUAACACCGCAGAAGUGAUUUGUAAGGAAAUAGAAAAAAACAAGACUGUCUGGGAUAAACCAGGAUAUGAAAGCAUUAGGAAUAAAUUGAACAAGGCAAACAUACAAGUGGUAACUUGGGCAGAUUGGCUUAAAAUUGACGACUAUGAAAAGAAGGCAGGACAAAGGUGUAGAAAGCCUCGCGAGAAAAUUAUCGAUUAUGAGAAAAUGCUGGAGGUGGCGGCGAAUAAAUGACCGGCAUUUUACCACUUAGGUCAUAUUUCUACUUAUACAUAAGCACAUUUAUGUAGUACAAUUACCCUAAAGUAAGGGAUCAGUAAUAACAUCGGCAGUGCCUUUGACGGCGGUUGAGAAAUUCAAAGUUUGUGUCGUAGAUGGGCGAGGAAGUUUCAAGAAGGCAU